AUGACCCUGGUGGCCCUGAGGCCACACUAUUGGAACCCAGAGCUUAAGACCCGCAGAUAUGACAGCAGCGACAGUUCUGGCUGGUGCAUGCCAGUUCUUUAUCAGCCCAUGGCCAGCAUGGAAAGUGCUGACCUUUCUGCCUUCCUUGGAAGCACAGCAGGGGGGCCCUGGCAGCUGCCCGUUGGCCUCCUAGAGAUGGGUCAAGGGGCGCAGAACUGGAGAGAGACCCAGGUCAUACUCCCAGGGGGUGCGCGCAAGGAGCGCGCUGUGAGCGAGGGCGCACGUCCCAGACAGUCCCCGGGAGCACCGCCUGGGACGCCUGGGGCGGGGGGGACGUGGAAACUAGCUGUCGGGGGCUGCCCGAUUGAUCUCAUCGGCGGGUCUCUGAAAGAAAGCCUUGCAUUAGAGGCCCUUUUCGGGGACGGCCCCUCGGUGGCCCCCCGCCACCGCUCCUCCGCCUUUCCACGGGGAUUUUCCUGCGGGCGAAUUUUCAGUCCCGUGUCUCUCAUCCCCGCCUCUUCCCCCACGUCCCCAACCCUCCGUUCCCGGGGUCCUUGCACGCCCAGAGCCCGCCCGAGCUCGCGGGGUGAGCAGGCGCCCCGCGUGGCCAUGCGCCCCCGCAACGCGCCUCGGGCUCCCGCUGGCUCCGCCGCCGCGCUCGGGCUCUGCAGCCUCCUGCUGCUGCCGGGACUCGGGCGGCCGUGCCCGGCGGGCUGCGCCUGCGGCGACCCGCACACCGUGGACUGUCGCGAUCGCGGGCUGCCCAGCGUGCCCGACCCCUUCCCCCUGGACGUGCGCAAGCUGCUGGCGGCCGGCAACCGCAUCCAGCGCAUCCCCGAGGACUUCUUCAUCUUCUACGGCGACCUGGUCUACCUGGACUUGAGGAACAACUCGCUGCUGGCGCUCGAGGAGGGCACGUUCCGCGGCUCAGCCAAGCUCGCCUUCCUGGACCUCAGCUACAACAACCUGACCCAGCUCGGCGCCGGCGCCUUCCGCUCGGCGGGGCGGCUGGUGCGGCUGAGCCUGGCCAACAACCGGCUGGCCGGCGUGCACCCCGACGCCUUCGAGACCCUCGAGUCGCUGCAGGUGCUCGAGCUGCACGGCAACAACCUGCGCGCCCUCGACGUGGCCGCCCUGGACGCGCUUCCCGCGCUGCGCACCCUGCGCCUGGAUGGCAACCCUUGGCUUUGCGACUGCGACUUCGCCCACCUCUAUACCUGGAUCCAGGAGAACCAGGCCAAGUUGCCCCAAGGCCUGGAAGAAAUCCAGUGCUCCCUGCCCUUGGAGAACAGAAGGGUGUUCCUGCAUGAGCUUUCAGAAGCCAGCUUCAGUGAGUGUAAGUUCAGCCUCUCACUCACGGACCUGUUCAUCAUAAUCUUCUCGGGAGUGGCUGUGUCCAUUGCUGCCAUCAUCUCCAGCUUCUUCCUGGCCACCGUAGUCCAGUGUUUCCAGAGAUGCACACCCAACAAGGACACUGAGGAUGACGAUGAAGAUGAGGAUGACUGA